UUACGGGACUGACCAACAUGGCAUCUUUGUCCAGCCUCAGCUUUCUUCUGGCCACACUUCUAACACAAGGUUCCUGUUUGAUUUGUGAGACCUGUCGAGAUCCGGGUAAAGACUGCACUGGAUUGAGCCGCACCUGUGGAGAGACUGAAGAUACCUGCCUUACCUUUGUAGGAAUAAAUUCCUUGUGGUCUGACAAAAUCAUCGAGACUACCAAAGUCUGCUCUGUUCGCAGCAGCUGCCAGCCUGAACCGAUCAGUGUCACCAUCAACUCUGAGAUCCAUUUCUGGAGCACCUCCAGCUGUUGCCAAGAAGACCUGUGCAACAAAAAAGAGUUAGAGAUGCCCCCUGAGAAUACCACCCUCAAUGGACUGACCUGCCCAGCUUGCUUUAACCUUGGCUCGGACCAGUGCAAAGUAAUCGAGUCUCUGAACUGCGUAGGAGAAGACAAUCAUUGUAUAACCACAUCUGGAACCUUGUCUGCUGGAGAUAAUCCUACGGUGUUCGCUUCCAGAGGCUGCAGCUCUGCCUCAGCAUGCGCCCUGCCCGUGGAUACCAGCAUUUACUCUGCAGGAAUCACUUUUUACCUCAAGAAAAUUGGGUGCAGCCCAGCUGUGAGAGCCAACAGCACCUAAGGGACAUCUCCCCUCCGAAGAUUCCCCCGCCCACCGUCUUGCAACUUGGGAAUGUGGUCCUGAUAAUUAUCUCCUUUUACUGAACGUAAUGAAUAAACAGCA